UGGCUGCUUGGAGAAGUAGGACAGAAACAUUUGUCUGUUUUUGAGGGUGGCCAGGGUUGUUUUUGGAGCUUUGAUUUUUGCAAUGGCAGAAACACUCUGGAAGCCUUUGUGGAUUUUGUUACUAGUACUGAGUUAUGCUGAUGCAGGAAGUGUUUACAGGCAUCAUUGUACAAAAGAUGGUGCUCAGGAUGGGAGCACUGAAAGUACUACUGCUCAGACAAGCUCUGAUUCUGGAUUUGUGCCUAGUCAAGAAGCUUAUUUUGAGGAAACCCAGGACUUCUCAAAAACUCAGGCCUUUGAUAGUAGUUUGACCAAUGCAGGCUCAAGGGCAUUCAGUUUUCAGGGAACUACCUACACUUCAAGCUUUCAGCCACUAACUUGGGAUCUUAAGCCUGCCCUAAGCACCUCCUUCCAACAAGCCUCAGACCAGUCUGUGCAGACAGCAUACCAGCAGGCAGGUUCAGCCCGGCCUGUCCAGAGCAGCUGCCGACAGGUAGCUUCAGCCCGGCCUGUCCCGAGCGGCUACCAACACGUGGCUUCAGUCCGGCCUGUAGCAAGCGGCUACCAACAGGUUGCUUCCGCCCGGCCUGAAGCGAGCGGCUACCAACAGGUUGCUUCCGCCCGGCCUGUAGCGAGCAGCUACCAACGCGUGGCUUCAGCCCAGCCUGUCCCAUCUGCUUCCCAGAGAGUAUCGUCCGCCCAGCCUUUCCCGAGCAGCUACCAUCAGGUGGCUUCCGCCCAGCCUUUCCCGAGCAGCUACCAUCAGGUGGCUUCAACCCAGCCUCUCCCAUCUGCUUCCCAGAGAGUAUCUUCCGCCCAGCCUGUAGCGAGCAGCUACCAACAGGUGGCUUCCGCCCAGCCUGUCCCGAGCAGCUACCAUCAGGUGGCUUCAACCCAGCCUGUCCCAUCUGCUUCCCAGAGAGUAUCUUCCGCCCAGCCUGUAGCGAGCAGCUACCAACAGGUGGCUUCCGCCCAGCCUGUAGCGAGCAGCUACCAACAGGUGGCUUCCGCCCAGCCUGUAGCGAGCAGCUACCAACAGGUGGCUUCCGCCCAGCCUGUAGCGAGCAGCUACCAACACGUGGCUUCAGCUCAACAUGUAGCGAGCAGCUACCAAAAGGUGACUUCAGCCUGGCCUGUCCCAUCUGCUUCCCAGAGAGUAUCUUCAGCCCAGCCUGUAGCGAGCAGCUACCAACAGGUGGCUUCCGCCCCGCCUUUCCCAUCUGCUUCCCAGAGAGUAUCUUCAGCCCAGCCUGGAGCGAGCAGCUACCAAAAGGUGGCUUCCGCCCAGCCUGUAGCGAGCAGCUACCAAAAGGUGGCUUCCGCCCAGCCUGUAGCGAGCAGCUACCAACACGUGGCUUCAGCUCAACCUGUAGCGAGCAGCUACCAACGUGUGGCUUCAGCCCAGCCUGUCCCAUCUGCUUCCCAGAGAGUAUCUUCAGCCCAGCCUGUAGCGAGCAGCUACCAACAGGUGGCUUCCGCCCCGCCUUUCCCAUCUGCUUCCCAGAGAGUAUCUUCAGCCCAGCCUGGAGCGAGCAGCUACCAACAGGUGGCUUCCGCCCAGCCUGGAGCGAGCAGCUACCAACACGUGGCUUCCGCCCCGCCUUUCCCAUCUGCUUCCCAGAGAGUAUCUUCAGCCCAGCCUGUAGCGAGCAGCUACCAACAGGUUGCUUCAGCUCAACCUGUAGCGAGCAGUUACCAAAAGGUGGCUUCAGCCCCGCUUUUCCCAUCUGCUUCCCAGAGAGCAUCUUCAGCCCGGCCUGUCCUGAGCAGCUACCAGCAGGUUGCUUCCGCCCAGCCUGUAGUGAGCAGCUACCAACGCGUGGCUUCAGCCCAGCCUGUCCCAUCUGCUUCCCAGAGAGUAUCUUCCGCCCAGCCUGUAGCGAGCAGCUACCAACAGUUGGCUUCCGCCCAGCCUGUAGCGAGCAGCUACCAUCAGGUUGCUUCCGCCCAGCCUGUAGCGAGCAGCUACCAUCAGGUUGCUUCCGCCCAGCCUGUAGUGAGCAGCUACCAACACGUGGCUUCAGCCCGGCCUGUCCCAUCUGCUUCCCAGAGAGUAUCUUCAGCUCAACCUGUACAGAGCAGCUAUCAGUCUGGCCUUUCUUCCCCAAGUGUUGGCUUUGGUUCUAGUGCUGUGGGAACCGGACAAAGUGCUUCAAGUCUGUACAGCUCUCAGGACGUUUCCUCUACUUCAACCUACAAGCCCUCUGUUGGCGCUCUAGGACCUGCCCAAAGCACGUACCAGCAGGGCGUUUCAUAUCGGCCUGUGCAGAGCACUUUGCCAUCCAGCUUUGUUUCUAGGGCAUAUCCGUACGCCUCAAGCUUUAAGCCCUCUACUAGCACUUCAAAGCCAGUCCAAAGCGGCUACCAGCAAAAAGCAUCAGAUCAGCCUGUCCAAUCUGCUUCCCAGAGAGUAUCUUCAGCCCAGCCUGUCCAGUCAGCAUACCAGCAGGUAGCUUCCACACAGCCUGUGUGGAGUAGUUCUCCACCUAGCUUUGUUUCCCAAAAGGUUGGCUUUGAUUCUAGUGCAGUGGGAUUAAGUGGCUCAAGGGCAUAUUCUUACACCACAAGCUUGAAGCCCUCUACUAGUGCUUCACAGCCUGUUCAAAGCACCUACCAGCAAAAGCCUGUCCAAACUGCUUCCCAGAGCAUAUCUUCAGCUCAGCCUGUCCCAAGCAGCUACCAGCAAGUAACUUUAUCCCAGCCAGCUCAGAGUAGCUACCCGCCUGAAGCUGCUUCCCAAAAUAUUAGAAUGGAUUCUUCUUUGACUGAAGUGGUAGGAAGUGUCUUGAGAAAUGACUACGGUUCUGAAGUAGCUACAACUGGAUUAAACUACAGGCCUUUCACCAGCAUAUCUACACCUUCCCAAAGUACUUGCCGACAGGUGACUGCAGCCCAGCCCGUUCAGAGCCGAUACCAAGAUGUGCCUUUUUCCCAAACCAGCUAUGGUGCUAGUUUGAGUGGUGUGACUUCAACUGGUUCAAGGAGUCUGUAUACCCCUUCAGACUCGGUGGCUUCUGCUCAAGCGUUCAGAUCACCAUAUUCCUAUGCUCAGGCUUUGAGUUCCCUAGACAACUCUCAACCCUCUGCUGGCUCUCCAAGAUUAACAUGGACACAAAAGGUGCUGGAGUAGCUGAUAGCUUCCACUCCAUGGUGGGAUUGUCGCAGCAGCUGAACCUUUGAUUCAAAACUUUCUAAAUAAAUAUUCAACUCUUU